CUUCCUCUUCCCUCUCCACGUCCUUCCUUCCCUCUUUCUCCGCUCCCCCUCCCCCCGCCCUUCCCCAGACAAGCAGCUCCGGGAAACAAAGAACCCGGGCUCCCCAGACCCGGGAGCUGGAAUCCAGCGCUCUGCAGGCGGCACCGCGUGCGGGGACCCGGCCUCUCCCGGAUCGCCAUCCCUCCCCCGCCGCCCCCGCCCCCGCGCGCGCUCGCUCGCUCCCUCCCGCUCGCUGCCGCCCCCACCGCCGCGGCGCUGCGAGGAAGGCGGCCGGGCUCAAGAUGGCUUUAGCCGGGCUCUGCGCCCUGCUCGCCUGCUGCUGGGGGCCGGCCGCGGUGCUGGCCACGGCCGCCGGCGACGCCGACCCAUCCAAGGAGCUGGAGUGCAAGCUCAAAAGCAUCACGGUGUCGGCGCUGCCCUUCCUGCGCGAGAACGACCUGAGCAUCAUGCACAGCCCCUCGGCCUCCGAGCCCAAGCUCCUCUUCUCGGUGCGCAACGACUUCCCGGGAGAGAUGGUCGUGGUGGACGACCUGGAGAACACCGAGCUGCCCUACUUCGUGCUGGAGAUCUCAGGGAACACAGAGGACAUCCCUCUGGUGCGCUGGAGGCAGCAGUGGCUGGAGAACGGCACUUUGCUUUUUCACAUCCAUCACCAAGAUGGUGCCCCGAGCCUCCCUGGGCAAGACCCGACUGAGGAGCCCCAGCAUGAGUCCGCAGAAGAGGAGCUGAGGAUCCUCCACAUCUCCGUCAUGGGUGGCAUGAUCGCUCUGCUGCUGUCCAUCUUGUGCCUGGUGAUGAUCCUGUACACUCGCCGGCGCUGGUGCAAACGCCGCCGGGUCCCCCAGCCCCAGAAAAGCGCCAGCGCCGAGGCAGCCAACGAGAUCCACUACAUCCCCUCUGUGCUGAUCGGUGGGCACGGGCGCGAGAGUCUGCGCAACGCCCGCGUGCAGGGCCACAACUCCAGCGGCACCCUGAGCAUCCGGGAGACGCCCAUCCUGGAUGGCUACGAGUACGACAUCACCGACCUACGCCACCACCUGCAGCGCGAGUGCAUGAACGGAGGGGAGGACUUCGCCAGCCAGGUCACCCGCACCCUGGACUCCCUGCAGGGCUGCAAUGAGAAGGCGGGCAUGGACCUCACGCCAGGCAGUGACAAUGCCAAGCUGUCGCUGAUGAACAAGUAUAAAGAUAACAUUAUUGCCACCAGCCCAGUGGACUCCAACCACCAGCAGGCCACCCUGCUCUCUCACACCUCCAGCAGUCAGAGAAAGCGGAUCAACAACAAAGCAAGAGCUGGUUCCGCCUUCUUGAACCCUGAAGGGGACUCUAGCACAGAGGCAGAAAACGACCCCCAGCUGACCUUUUACACAGACCCCUCAAGGAGCCGGAGGCGCAGCAGAGUGGGUUCUCCCCGAAGUCCUGUGAAUAAGACCACCUUGACCCUGAUCAGCAUCACUAGCUGUGUGAUCGGCCUCGUGUGCUCCUCUCAUGUCAGCUGCCCUCUUGUUGUCAAGAUCACCCUGCACGUCCCUGAGCACCUGAUCGCUGAUGGGAGCCGCUUCAUCUUGCUGGAGGGGAGUCAGCUGGAUGCCAGCGACUGGCUGAACCCUGCCCAGGUGGUUCUCUUCUCUCAGCAGAACUCCAGUGGGCCCUGGGCCAUGGACCUCUGUGCCCGGAGGCUCCUGGACCCCUGCGAACACCAAUGUGACCCCGAAACUGGGGAAUGCCUCUGCUAUGAAGGCUACAUGAAGGAUCCCGUGCACAAGCACCUUUGCAUUCGGAAUGAAUGGGGGACCAACCAGGGGCCUUGGCCUUAUACAAUAUUUCAGCGAGGCUUUGACCUGGUUUUGGGAGAGCAGCCCUCUGAUAAAAUAUUCAGAUUCACCUACACCCUUGGGGAGGGCAUGUGGCUGCCCCUCAGCAAGAGCUUUGUGAUCCCGCCAGCAGAACUGGCCAUCAACCCGUCGGCAAAGUGCAAGACCGACAUGACCGUGAUGGAGGACGCCGUGGAGGUCAGAGAAGAGCUGAUGACUUCAUCCUCUUUCGACAGCCUGGAGGUUCUCUUAGAUUCCUUUGGGCCCGUGCGGGACUGCAGCAAAGAUAACGGGGGCUGCAGUAAGAAUUUCCGUUGCAUUUCAGAUCGCAAGCUGGACUCUACCGGUUGUGUGUGCCCGUCCGGACUCAGCCCCAUGAAGGACGGCUCGGGCUGCUACGACCGCCACGUCGGGGUGGACUGUUCCGACGGCUUCAACGGCGGCUGCGAGCAGCUGUGCCUGCAGCAGAUGGCGCCCUUCGCCGACGAGCCCGCGCUCUACAACAUCCUCAUGUUCUGCGGGUGCAUUGAGGAUUACAAGCUGGGGAUAGAUGGACGCUCUUGCCAACUCAUCACGGAGACCUGCCCGGAGGGAGGUGACUGUGGGGAAAGCAGGGAGCUUCCCAUGAACCAGACCCUCUUUGGGGAGAUGUUCUUUGGUUACAACAACCAUUCCAAGGAAGUGGCUGCUGGACAGGUGCUGAAAGGAACAUUCAGCUUAAAUGCAUCCAGCAGAGUUGUCCCCCAGCAGUUAAGUAAUGGGGUUCAGUUGUCGUGUUUUCCAUCUGGGACGCGUGAACCAAUCCAGCGCGCUGAGCCUGCGUCUCCUCUGUCCCCAGGGAUGGUGAACUUCAGCGAAGUGUCCGGAUACCCGCUGCGGCAGCUCUGGAAGGUCCGGUCUGUGAUGUACCACCUCAAACUCAACCAAGUCGCCGUCUCUCAGGCCCUCAACAAUGCUCUCCACUCGCUGGAUGGGGCUACGUCUCGUGCAGAUUUUGUGGCUUUGUUGGACCAGUUUGGCAACCAUUACAUCCAGGAAGCUAUCUACGGCUUCGAGGAGUCCUGUUCUAUCUGGUACCCAAACAAGCAGGUCCAGCGGCGACUCUGGAUGGAAUAUGAAGACAUCAGUAAAGGCAACUCCCCAUCCGAUGAGUCAGAGGAGCGAGAAAGAGACCCCAAGGUGCUGACGUUCCCAGAAUACAUCGCCAGCCUGUCAGACUCUGGCACCAAGCGCAUGGCCGCUGGAGUCCGCAUGGAGUGCCAGAGCAAGGGACGAUGCCCCUCGUCCUGCCCCCUCUGUCACGUGACAUCCAGCCCUGACUCCCCUGCUGAGCCGGUUCUGCUGGAGGUGACCAAAGCAGCCCCCCUCUAUGAACUGGUGACCAACAACCAGACCCAGAGGCUCUUGCAGGAGGCCACCAUGAGCUCUCUCUGGUGCUCAGGGACAGGAGACGUCAUCGAGGACUGGUGUCGAUGUGACUCCACUGCCUUUGGAGCUGACGGACUCCCCACCUGUGCGCCUCUCCCGCAGCCUGUCCUGCGACUCUCCACGGUUUACGAGCCCAGCAGCACCCUCGUGGUCCUGGAAUGGGAACACUCGGAGCCGCCGAUCGGGGUGCAGAUUGUAGAUUACCUCCUCCGCCAGGAGAAAGUCACGGACAGGAUGGACCACUCCAAAGUGGAGACAGAAACGGUGCUGAGCUUUGUGGAUGACAUCAUCUCUGGAGCAAAGGCCCCUUGUGCCAUGCCAUCUCAGGUGCCAGACAAGCAGCUCACCACCAUCUCUCUGAUCAUACGAUGCCUAGAGCCCGACACCAUUUACAUGUUCACGCUGUGGGGGGUGGACAGCACAGGACGGCGCUCCAGGCCGAGCGAUGUGAUCGUGAAGACACCUUGCCCCGUGGUGGAUGACGUCAAAGCCCAAGAAAUAGCAGACAAGAUCUACAAUCUCUUCAACGGCUACACCAGUGGGAAGGAGCAGCAGACUGCCUACAACACCCUCCUGGAUCUGGGCUCCCCCACCUUGCAUCGCGUCCUCUACCACUAUAACCAGCACUAUGAGAGUUUUGGAGAAUUCACCUGGCGGUGUGAGGACGAAUUGGGCCCCAGGAAAGCGGGCCUCAUCCUUUCCCAGCUCGGGGACCUCAGCAGCUGGUGCAACGGACUCCUCCAGGAACCCAAGAUCGGCCUGCGCCGCAGCUCGCUCAACUACCUGGGCUGCCGCUACAGCGAGAUCAAGCCCUACGGACUGGACUGGGCCGAGCUCAGCCGGGACCUCAGGAAGACGUGCGAGGAGCAGACCCUGAGUGUCCCCUACAACGACUAUGGGGACGGCAAGGACAUCUAGCACCACGAGGCCCGGGUGCUGCUGCCAAAAUGAAGCAGGAGAGAGGAGGGGGAUAUCUGGGUUGGUUUGCGAAUUUUUAAUAUUUUUUAUUGGAACGUUAAAACCUCCAUGGCAACGUCGAAACCAGGGGGAAAGUGCGCCUUGCUCCCUGCGGAACUUCUUCGGUGUGAUGUUCUCCACCUGCAUGACCAGCACACCUGCCGGCCAGCGGCUUCAUGAAGCGCCGUAUUUUUUUAGAGGAUUACUUUGGGUCUAUUUUGCCAUUAAUUUGUUUCAUUCAUUUUUUUUUCUUUCAAGAAGUUCACCAAAAUGCUCAAGACUCUGUCAGGCUUCCCGUGAAAGGUCUAUCGGGU